AUGCCACCCAGUCACGAUCUUUGGUCAUGUUUCGUGGACACAAAGCUGCGCCGUUUCGACAUAUGGGAGCGGCAGGUACCUAAGUUCAAGUACAACAAGAAUGAGCCCUUCUUCCAUUGUCUUGUGCCCACGGUGGAUACGGUGCGCUACGGAUCUCUGCUGGAACAGCUUCUUGCUGCUCGUCAGUCCGUCCUCUUCACCGGUGGUACAGGUGUUGGCAAGACUGCAAUUACUCGAAGCACUUUGGAGGAACUUCAGAAGGAUGAAAAAUACAUGGCCGUUUACAUCAACUUCUCAGCCCAGACAAGCAGCGGUCGCACACAAGAGAUGAUUGUGGAGAAGAUGGAGAAGCGAAGAAAGGGUGUGAUAGGCGCACCAAAGGGUCGUCACGUCGUAAUCUUCGUGGAUGACCUGAACAUGCCAAAGGUGGAUACUUAUGGUAGUCAGCCACCCAUUGAACUGCUCCGCCAGUUGCAGGACUUUGGCGGUUUUUACAAUCGCGACAAGCUGACUUGGAUUGCGGUGGAGGAUGUGACACUCUGCGCUGCAUGUGGACCCCCAGGUGGCGGUAGAAAUCCCAUUACUGCUCGCCUAGUUCGACACUUUUCUGUUCUCGCGAUUCCUUCACCGUCGGAACUGACAUUAAAACACAUAUUCUCUGCCAUUGUGACAGGUUUCAUGCAGGACUAUCCUCAGGGUCUGCGACCAUUGGGCGACUCGAUAGUGGGUGGAGCGGUGGAAAUGUAUGGCCGCCUGGCAGCAGAGCUGUUACCCACUCCAGCGAAGUCGCAUUACGUCUUUAACCUCCGCGACUUGUCGAAAUGUGUGCAGGGCGUGCUGCAGGCUAGUCCAUUGGCUGUCCGUGACAAGGCCUCCCUCACGCGCCUCUUCUAUCACGAAUGCUCCCGGGUUUUCCACGACCGCCUUGUCGACGAGACCGAUCAACUCUUCUUUAAUACCAUCCUCUCGGAGAUCGCAAAUAAGUUUUUCGGGGAGGUAUGGAACAACUCAGUGGCUAAAAGGUUUCCAAACGGAUCUGGCUUACUUUCCUCGAUAAUCUAUGUGAAAAGGAUUUCUGUAAAUCUUAAAACGAUCUCUUAG